AAUCUGCAGAAUAUGAGCUGCUGUCCACAGCUUUCUGGAUGUAAAUUGAUGAGGUCAUAGUGUUUUCCAGUUACAAAAAAAAAAAAAACCCACACCAAACCAAAGUUUAAAAAAAAAGUCUUCAACUUGUUUUUCAAGAGAGACGAAAACACGGAGAAGCUGAAGAAAUGGAGCAACUAGCAAAACUCCUUCUGUGGCAGAUUUUGCUUCAGCAAAGUUCUGUUUGUUUAUAUUCAGUACCAGCUGAUGCCUCAAACCCGGACAGCGUUGUAGUGUCGGUGUUAAAUAUCAGCGCUACCUUGGGGUCACAGGCUGUCCUCCCCUGCAAGAGUUACCGCAUGGUGUGGACCCAGGAUCGUCUGAACGACCGCCAGCGUGUAGUCCACUGGGAUGUGUACAGCAAGUACUAUGGAGAUAACAAGAUGGAGAGGCUGUGUGACAUGUAUUCAGCUGGAGAUCAGCGUGUAUACAGCUCCUACAACAAAGGGAGGAUAUUCAUGCCCAAGAAUGCAUUUACAGAUGGCAACUUCUCCUUGGUGAUCAAAGAUGUUGCAGAGAGUGAUGAAGGCACGUAUUCUUGUAAUCUUCACCAUCACUACUGCCACUUAUACGAAACUGUGAAAAUCCAACUAGAUAUCACCAAGAAAGCCGAGGAUGCAAACGAGUACUGGGAUGGGGAAAAGCCUGUGAUUGUUGCCCUAGAAGGCAGCACAGUGAUGCUCCCCUGUGUGAACCAUAACCACAUCUGGACCGAACGGCACAGUGAAGAGGAGCAACAAGUGGUCCACUGGGACAGGCAGCCCCCAGGGGUUCCUCAUGAUCGGGCUGACCGCCUCAUUGAUCUGUACGCCUCUGGAGAGCGCCGUUCUUAUGGACCUCUCUUCAUUCGUCAGAAGAUGAACAUCACUAACACAGCCUUUGCCCUGGGUGACUUUUCCCUGCGGAUUUCAGAGCUGGAAAGUGCAGAUGAGGGCACUUACUCCUGCCACCUGCACCAUCACUACUGUGGCCUGCAUGAACGCAGGAUCUACCAAGUCUUUGUGACAGAGCCAGUGAGAGAGAAGAAGGUGGUUAACCUUACAACUCAUAACAUUGCCCCAGCUGUAGAUCCAAAUGUUGUCAGGGGCCACAACGUAAUAAAUGUCAUCAUCCCUGAGAGCCGGGUGCACUUCUUCCAGCAGCUGGGCUACGUCCUGGCAACUCUGCUGCUCUUCAUUGUCUUCCUCAUCAUCAUUGUCCUCGUCACCCGCAAGCGCCGGCAGAGAGGUUAUGAAUACAACGUGAAAAAAUAUGGAGAGAAGGAUGUGAAUCUUAAAGAAUUUACAGUCGACACAACAGAUCUGACUCAAUACAAAAGCGAAGACAUCAGACUGGAUUACAAAAACAACAUCCUGAAGGAGAAGGCCGAGCAAGCCAGAAGCUUCCCAGCAAAGCACAUUGAUUUAGACAAAGAUUUCAGGAAGGAAUAUUGUAAAUGAAGACGUUCCCAAGCUGCUGGCUGGACCAGAAGCUUCAAUCAAAGAUAGAUAAAUGGAAGAGAGAUGCCUUUUCUUAAUACCAUGUCCCUCCAGUUACCAUAGGUUUUUUUCACGUAGACUUUCUCCCCACUAAGCACAAGGGUAUUUGCAAGUGCUUCUUGAAAGAGUUAGACCAUCUGUCUUGUGUUCACUUAUGGUGGGUUUGGGUCGCCUUUUCUUCUUCUGUUCUCCCAGUCCUCCAUUCCCCUUUUCUUUCUUGGUAUUAUUGUUGGUUUUAUGCAUCAAUGAUUUUUAUGAGCUGAAUCAGCAGGCCUUUUGCUUUGAUGUUACUGCUUUAAAUAAACCAACCUGCAUCACUAAUCUUGAGCCAUCAUUAUAUCAGGCAUUGUUCCAUGUAGUGUAUUCAUCAGAAAAAAUAAUAGCAAAGCCUGAUUGUGAUCUCCAAUAGGCUGGCGUAAAUCAGGAGGAGCAGUACUGUCACAUAGCACUUUACAUAUUCCAGGGGAAGUACAAAGAGUACACCCCUUCACAAAUGACGAUGGAAAUACCUCAUUUUAUGAAUGGGGAAAUGUCAAUAUCCUCAUUUUACAGGGAAAAGGGAGGCACACAAGUGACCAAGGGUAGGGUUGGGAUCAGCUCCAAAGAGCUCUGGAAGCCUGACUCUGUAUUUCUCGCUCUGAGCUUGUUUCUUGAUUUGUUUUUGUUUCAGUGCAGACCAAAUCAAAUUUGGCAUGAGCAGACACUUACAGAUGAAGUUGAUGGAGUUACAGUGCUGUAAUACCAGUCUCAGUUAGAUCAGAACCAGAAAUAUUAUGGAAAGGGCUAAACUCCUUUGUGGAAUCUGGAAUGUGAUUUUCCUGCAGUCCUUGGGUGGAACCAGGCCACACAGAGCUUGUGUGCACAUCAAAACAAAGGUAUGAUUACAGCACAGGUAGAGAGAUUGUUAAAAGGAAUAGCUUCUCAUGAGCAGACCGUGAGGAACAAGAGUGAGAACACACUCCACGGAAGAGCCUGUCAGGAAUUUUCAUGGGCCAGGAUAUCAGAGGGGGAACUGAGGAGCGAGAUGAGUCCAUUCUUGUGGAUUUUGGCAUAGCUUGGGGGAGCAGAUACCUGCGAUAGUGGGGCUGUAGGGAGUUCUACCUAUCAACAGUGUGUCAGAUGGGGAUGUCCAAAAAUUGAAAGCCAGUAAUUCAGUGUUGUAAUCCAAGAAAGUUAAAGCAUCAGGAAGGCCGGAGAAUAUUAACAGUUCUACAUAGCUCCUCUGACUACCUGGGAUAUCCUGUGGCACCAUUACCAAACCAGGCACACCUGCGGUCCUUGGAGGACAGAAGAAAAAGUCUUGCCUGCUGUUGUGAGCAUGAUGACAGUGGCUUGUGUUCUUGUUGUGUAAGAGUGAAGGUGGCCAAGGAUUGCCAGCCUGCUCUUUGGUGAUCUGAGGAGAACGGCAGGGGGAGGGAUUGCGGAUGGGCUUGGUGACUGAAUGGAACUGGGAUAGGGGCUCCAGGAUGUUGCGGAUGGUGGAAAUGUGAAGAGGAGCUUGUGUGAAACUACUGUGAGGGAGGAUGUGAGGGUGAUGGUGUGGUUUCAGUCUUGAAGUAGUGCUUUGCUUGUGACUGGAUUUCUUGCUGGGGAUGGAGAAUUCUGAGGUCUUUGCAAGUGAUGAAGUAGCUGUGGUCCAAGGAAAGCAUCUCAGUCUACCAGCUAAACAAUUGGGAAUGUGACCUGCUGCCUAGUAUGGUAUGUGUCUUGGCUGUUGUUUUAGCCACCCUUGCCACUUAUCUGGGAUCGUGUUAGUGCCACCUAAUAGGGCACAAGUUUGGUCAAACCAGAAAGAGCUGUUGUCAUGGCUGGGUGAAGCUCCCCACUGCAGGAGCAUGUGUACUGUAAGGGCCCAGUGCUGUUCUGAGAGCUAUCCAACGCUAUGGGCCUCCCUAGUGUAGGAAUCAAUGUCAAGUCCCAUUCCUGCCCCGUUCUUUCCACCCCUACCCACCUACCAACAAUGUGGUGGGUAAGGCCUCCUAUGUACCAGAAGGAACUGUCUCCUCAGAAGGUAGGACGUCAGUACUUUGAUGUACACCUCUUACAGGAGUGGAAAGUGGACCAUGUCAAUUUUUAUAGGUAUUGAUACUUCUCUCUGUUAAUGAGGACUAUGUUAAAUGUAUUGGGCACCCUUAUUUUUAAUGCCUUCAAAUAUUAAAAAUAUUAAUAAUAGAAUAUAACAGUAGAGGUGGAGACGAGCCUUCUUAAGCUACAGCUGGGCACCUCCUUAUCUUUUAGUUUGCUUAGCCUUCCCACUGCUCUCUGGACAGUUUUUGUGACUUGCGAUUAACUUGCCUUUAUCUUCACUUAAGAUUCACCCCUACGAAAGUGCUGGGACUGGGCAGACCCGUGACUAGUGGAGAGAAGGGUCUGGGCUUGGGCCCAGGUCCCUCUUUGCCUGCCCUUCCCCCAGAGCAGACGGCCAUUCUUAGGCUGCCUUUGGCUGGACCUGAUUGAAACACAAGCCGCAUUCCUGCAGGUGCAUAAUGCUGCGCUGGUUAUUCCAUCAGGGUGGCACAGUCUCAAGUAAUUGUCAUUAAUGUCUUUCUCCCUCCCUUUCAUGUCUGUGAGUCAAAGGUUGGAGAUCUUUACUUGCCAGUUCAAAUUGCUUAGCACAGCUCAUAUAGACACCAGCUCAAAGUGGGGUUACUCAUAAACUCCAGAGGCAUUUAAAUAUUUUAUUUGACUUCUAGGCUGCAAAAUAGCUUAAGGGGAAAAAAUUUAAUAUGUUCUCUGAAACAAGCACUAGGAAGAGCUUUAUGAGUUCCUCAUCCUUGCUUUGAUCAGCGGUUUAAAUUUGGUAGUGGUCAGACAUGCCAGUAUAACCCUAGACUGAUCAAGAUGGGAGUCCAAGUUGAGAUUAUGGCCCUUUUUUCUUCAGGAGAGGCAUGUGCUGUGUGAUUGCACUGAUGAUCAGAACAGUGGUUUUCAAAAGCAGCCUGCCACAUCCAGUGUGUAAUUUAGUGUGUUAAAAUUCUGGCUGAGAGAGAUCCAGGCAAGACUGUGGGAUAACCAGCUGUGUUUUCAAACCCUUGAAAAAAAGAGAGAGAGAAUAAUCGAACAUUAAACUGAAGAGUUUUGUUUGUUUGUGUGUUUCUUAAUAUAGAGGAAUUAUCAAAGGUUACUUGCCCUUAAAUACUGCUGAGAAGCUCUUUAGGUCCUUUUCACAUGGACUUUGUAUUCUGUCAGUCUUUGGCAUUGGCAUGAAGUCAACGUAGCUGAUCUUGCACGUGAAAAUCAGAAAACUCAACUUGGAAUUAACCACUAGGCCAGGGGCAGGACCACUGCUUUCUGUUCCCACCCUGCCGUCAACUCAGCGCAACUCUAGGCAGGUUGGUUUUCACUCUCUCUCCCUCCUCUCAGCCUUUCUUUCCCUAAUAUGGGACAGUAACUUGCCUGUUGUGGAGAAACAGUUUUUUACUGUGUGUAGCACUUUGGUAAACAUGCUUUGCCUGAGUUAUUUGAAGUAGUGCUCUCGCUGUACUGAUGGAACGCUGCAUCUGAUAGACUUCUUUACCUGUCACUUUGCAGGCUCUUGACAGGCUUUGCCUCAGUCUCCUUGGUUUCCCGAGACAUACAUUUUAUGUUCAGUUACUUAACAUAAUAAUAACCCCUAAUAUUUUUAUAGCAAUUAUUUCUCAGUGAGUAUUCUAGCUCAAUGAGGGCAGAGAAAUGAAGGUCUUUUUUAGGGUAAUGUAUGGAAUGUAAGCCCUUGUUGUUGUGGAACAAGGAAUAGGUGUAUGGCAGUGACCUUAAAAGGGGUUAAAACUGAGACUAGAACUAGAGCCCCCUCUUUUCAGCUCUGCGCACACUCUGCUUCCUCUCCAGACUUGUUCCAUAAAGCUUGGGUUUCUUUUCUUUGUUGUAACAGAAUUAAUUUCCAUUAUUAUUGUUACUUAACUUUUACCAUUUAUCAUUGUUGUGUAACUCU